UUUUUUUUUUUCUGCCUAUUCAAUAUUCCUCGCGGUCUUGUUUUGCGCAUUCCAUCAAAACGCUAUCGUGGUUAUCGCAUCUAGACAACCCUCGGCACAACAAUCGCGCAGCAGCCUGCAAGGCGGUUGACCACACGUUGCUGUGGUUCGGGGUUUUCUUCAGGCCAGGGUUUUAUAAGAACAAAGCAAACGAUUAAAAAAUAAAAAAGGCUUACAUUCGGUUACCUACGUCGAGCCCUGGUUUGAUUUGAACUACAGACGACUCACCUAUUCGCCAUGUGGGCCUUCCAGUUGAUACCGGCGGUCGUCUCGUCGCUGGUGUUACUAUCGCAACAUGCUGUUGCGAGCCCUAUGGAUAUGGAAGGAGGUGAUAUUGAUAGGCGAGGUUGCUCCAAUCCAUGCGGCUUUUACAGUCAGCUCUGCUGCACGUCGGGUCAGACCUGUGUCACCAGUGGUGGUCAAGCAGUUUGUUCCGACUCGGGGAGCGGCGGCGGCGAUGAUUAUGAUUACCACACCACCACCUGGACGGAGACUGAUACUAAAACUUAUACCUCUACAUGGAGCAGCCAGCGCGCGACCCAAACCGCAGUUGCUGGAGGUGGCUCAGGCUCAAAUUCUGGGAGCUGCGAUUCUUCCAUCGGCGAAGAAAAGUGCGGAAGUACUUGUUGCGGUGCUGCGUAUGUUUGCAGUAAUGGUCAAUGCAUCAUCGGAAGCUCCUCCAUCUGGGCCACAGCCACGCCUCCAGCGCGAGGUACUAGCAGCGGCUUGUCGACUGUCACUGAGACGGGAAAUCCAACAACCACGCAAGCUUUCGAUACGCCUGUGAAUACAGAUGGGUCGCCCGCGAUUGGUGUCAAAGCUCCAGAUGAUGAUGGACUUAGCGGUGGUGCAAUCGCCGGUAUUGUCAUCGGUACCAUUGCAGGCGUCGCUCUCCUCCUGCUGGUGUGUGCUUGCUUGUGUUGUCGUGGAGCCUUGGUCGGUUUGGCCGCAUGCUUGGGGAUUGGACGGAAGCGAAACCAAGAUGACCGUUACUCACAAGGCGGCAAGCCUGAGGGACGUACUUGGUUUGGAGCUAAACCACCUGCCCAGAGCGAGGCCGGCGGCGAAAAGAAAUCCAGAUGGGGUGGUCUAGCAACCAUCGGAAUCGUCCUCGGUGCGCUUGCGUUGUGUCUGGGAUUGAAGAGACACAGAGACAGAGAGCAUGACGAGAAAAGCAGUUACUCUUACCCAAGCUCAUACUAUUAUUCCGACUAUUACACCAAUUCGAGCAGCGCAAGCUCGGAUAGGCGGACGAGAGAUACGAGACGAACAAGAGACUCGAGGGGCACGAGAGCCACGAGAGACACAAGAGAUACGCGGCGGACGAGAAGAGACCGCGCGCGUUCGGGACGGUCAUAACAAACGGACACGAUAUUCAACGACCUUUUCGACCUUAAAAUCAUAUUUCCCUGCUAUCGACCCAAAUAUUCCGAAUCGAUUACGGAUACGCAUAGAUUAGUGGCGCCUCCGAUAUUACGUGUACCAUGAUUAUUAUUUCUUUCCUGAUGUUAGGUUUGAUGGAUUUCGAUGCCUUGCUUUUUUUUUUUUUUUUUUUUUUUU